AGGACUGUGCGCAGGCUCAGAAGGGCGGGGAACGCGGCUGAGUGUUGGCGAUUCGGAGCUGCAGGAUCCGUCCGAGAUGGCAGAGGUGGAGGAAACACUCAAGAGGCUUCAGAGCCAGAAAGGAGUGCAGGGCAUCAUCGUGGUGAACACAGAAGGCAUUCCCAUCAAGAGCACAAUGGACAAUCCCACCACUACACAGUAUGCCAACCUCAUGCACAACUUCAUCUUGAAGGCGCGGAGCACUGUGCGUGAGAUUGACCCCCAGAAUGACCUAACCUUCCUUCGAAUUCGCUCCAAGAAAAAUGAAAUUAUGGUGGCACCAGAUAAAGACUAUUUCCUGAUUGUGAUUCAGAAUCCAACUGAAUAAGCCACUGUCCUGGCUUCCUAUGUCAUUCCUUAAUUUAAUGUCCCCCAAGAAUAUUAGUGCUAAUCAUGUCAGUGGGCACAUGGUGGUUGCCUGAGCCCAUGUAGACCAUGCCAUUGAUCAAGGGUCGCUCUGCCCACCCUACAAGGAGCACCUCUGAUGAUCCAGUCAGCCCCUGGGGAAGCUCAGUUCGCCCUUUCAGGCUUUGGAAUGAGAGCUUAUAAGCCCACACCCAGCUCUCUGCUAACCUUCAGUUCACCUUGUCCCCCUUGGAAAGCUGUUUUUGUUUUUUAAAGUAAAAAUUACUUCAACCCCCCUAC